UGUAGUAGUAUGUAUUACUAGCAGUUAACUAGUUGUAGUAGUAUGUAUUACUAGCUGUGUACUAGCUGUAGUAGUAUGUAUUACUAGCUGUGUACUAGUUGUAGUAGUAUGUAUUACUAGCAGUGUACUAGCUGUAGUAGUAUGUAUUACUAGCAGUGUACUAGUUGUAGUAGUAUGUAUUACAAGCAGUGUACUAGCUGUAGUAGUAUGUAUUACCAGCUGUGUACUAGCUGUAGUAGUAUGUAUUACUAGCAGUGUACUAGUUGUAGUAGUAUGUAUUACAAGCAGUGUACUAGCUGUAGUAGUAUGUAUUACUAGCUGUGUACUAGCUGUAGUAGUAUGUAUUACUAGUUGUAGUAGUAUGUAUUACUAGCUGUGUACUAGCUGUAGUAGUAUGUAUUACUAGCUGUAGUAGUAUGUAUUACUAGCUGUAGUAGUAUGUAUUACUAGCAGUUAACUAGUUGUAGUAGUAUGUAUUACUAGCUGUGUACUAGCUGUAGUAGUAUGUAUUACUAGCAGUGUACUAGCUGUAGUAGUAUGUAUUACUAGCAGUGUACUAGUUGUAGUAGUAUGUAUUACUAGCUGUGUACUAGUUGUAGUAGUAUGUAUUACUAGCUGUGUACUAGUUGUAGUAGUAUGUAUUACUAGCUGUGUACUAGUUGUAGUAGUAUGUAUUACUAGCUGUGUACUAGUUGUAGUAGUAUGUAUUACUAGCUGUGUACUAGUUGUAGUAGUAUGUAUUACUAGCGGUGUACUAGCUGUAGUAGUAUGUAUUACUAGCGGUGUACUAGCUGUAGUAGUAUGUAUUACAAGCGGUGUACUAGCUGUAGUAGUAUGUAUUACAAGCGGUGUACUAGCUGUAGUAAUAUGUUUUACAAGCAGUGUAGUAGUAUGUAUUACAAGCAGUGUAGUAGUAUGUAUUACAAGCAGUGUAGUAGCUGUAGUAGUAUGUAUUACUAGCAGUGUAGUAGUAUGUAUUACAAGCAGUGUAGUAGCUGUAGUAGUAUGUAUUACUAGCAGUGUAGUAGUAUGUAUUACAAGCAGUGUAGUAGUAGUAUUACUAGCAGUGUAGUAGUAGUAUUACUAGCAGUGUAGUAGUAUGUAUUACUAGCAGUGUAGUAGCUGUAGUAGUGUGUAUUACUGAAAACAUCUCAGAUACUGUCACAUCGGGGGGUGACGGUGACAACGGGCCCUCUUCCUGUUCAUCACACUGUAACAGCGGCAGGUAGCCUCGCGGUGAAGAGCGUCGGGCCAGUAACCCGAAAGGUUGCCCUGUCGAAUCCCCGAGCUGACUAGGUAAUACAUCUGUUGAUGUGCCCUCGAGCAAGGAAGACACUUAACCCUAAUGGCUCUGGAUAAGAGCGUAAAUGACUCAAAUGGCCAUGUACUGUGACAGGUCUGUGCUAUUCCUGUUCAUAGGUGAUGCUUAUUACUGUGACAGGUCAGUGCUAUUCCUGUUCAUAAGUGAUGCUUAUAACUGUGACAGGUCAGUGCUAUUCCUGUUCAUAAGUGAUGCUUAUUACUGUGACAGAUCAGUGCUAUUCCUGUUCAUAAGUAAUGCUUAUUACUGUAACAGAUCAGUGCUAUUCCUGUUCAUAAGUGAUGCUUAUUACUGUAACAGAUCAGUGCUAUUCCUGUUCAUAAGUGAUGCUUAUUACUGUGACAGAUCAGUGCUAUUCCUGUUCAUAGGUGAUGCUUAUUACUGUGACAGAUCAGUGCUAUUCCUGUUCAUAGGUGAUGCUUAUUACUGUGACAGGAGAUCAGUGCUAUUCCUGUUCAUAAGUGAUGCGUAUUACUGUGACAGGAGAUCAGUGCUAUUCCUGUUCAUAAGUGAUGCUUAUUACUGUGACAGGAGAUCAGUGCUAUUCCUGUUCAUAGGUGAUGCUUAUUACUGUGACAGGAGAUCAGUGCUAUUCCUGUUCAUAAGUGAUGCUUAUUACUGUGGCAGGAGAUCAGUGCUAUUCCUGUUCAUAAGUGAUGCUUAUUACUGUGACAGGAGGUCAGUGCUAUUCCUGUUCAUAAGUGAUGCUUAUUACUGUGACAGGUCAGUGCUAUUCCUGUUCAUAGGUGAUGCUUAUUACUGUGACAGAUCAGUGCUAUUCCUGUUCAUAGGUGAUGCUUAUUACUGUGACAGGAGGUCAGUUCUAUUCCUGUUCAUAGGUGAUGCUUAUUACUGUGACAGGUCAGUGCUAUUCCUGUUCAUAGGUGAUGCUUAUUACUGUGACAGGAGGUCAGUGCUAUUCCUGUUCAUAAGUGAUGCUUAUUACUGUGACAGGAGGUCAGUGCUAUUCCUGUUCAUAAGUGAUGCUUAUUACUGUGACAGGAGGUCAGUGCUAUUCCUGUUCAUAAGUGAUGCUUAUUACUGUGACAGGAGACCAGUGCUAUUCCUGUUCAUAAGUGAUGCUUAUUACUGUGACAGAUCAGUGCUAUUCCUGUUAAGAAGUGAUACUUAUUACUGUGACAGAUCAGUGCUAUUCCUGUUCAUAAGUGAUGCUUAUUACUGUGACAGGUCAGUGCUAUUCCUGUUCAUAAGUGAUGCUUAUUACUGUAACAGAUCAGUGCUAUUCCUGUUCAUAAGUGAUGCUUAUUACUGUGAUAGAUCAGUGCUAUUCCUGUUCAUAAGUGAUGCUUAUUACUGUGACAGGUCAGUGCUAUUCCUGUUCAUAGGUGAUGCUUAUUACUGUGAUAGAUCAGUGCUAUUCCUGUUCAUAAGUGAUGCGUAUUACUAUAACAGGAGAUCAGUGCUAUAACUAUAAUCUCAUGUUAUCAUCAUCUCGGAGACAUCUGUGAGUGGCAUUGGGUGACAUAGGGUCCUAUUCCUGCCUAUAAGGGAUGCUGCAUAACAGGUUAUAAUGCCAUAAACCCCAUGGCUAUAAAGCCAUCACAUGCUUACAGACAAAGGUACGACACAGAAGAAGUUGCCCCUAGGCACUGAUUCUGGGUCAGACAUUAGUUGCAUCCCCUACCUGUUGGGGCUAGGUGAUCUGAUCCUAGAUCUGUGGUUAGGGACAACGGUAGAAAUUCCCACCAAGGGCAAUGUGACGAGGAGAUAUAACUGGACAGAGAUGAGAGACGUAUAGUGGAUAGGUCCCCUAUAGGGGAUCAAUCAGAGAUACUGUGAGUUAGAGAGAGAUACUGUUUACUGGGACCUGGAUUAAACUGCUGUCUUUAAGGCACUUUAUUAAACACACACAAACACACAGGUGCACUCAAACACACACAUAAGCACACUCAUCUAAGACAGACAAACCCUACAGGUAACUUUAGGCAGUUAUCUGUAUGUAAAUAGGGCCGUUUGGGGGACACACCCCCACAGUGAGUUCCAGUGAGUCAGGAUGCCUUUCACUCUGUGGCCUCCAGGGGGCAGCAUGGUACUGUGUGUGUUUGGGAGUCAUUAUGAAUGAGUAACAUGAUUAUUAACAGACACUUAUGUCUCUGUGUGACUGAGAGAGGAUUCAUUCAUAAAUCCUACUGUGAGGUUGUGUGCGUGCUUGUGAGUGUGUGUUUCAGUUAAUUGUUUUGACUGUAUUUGAUGGGCCAUUAUUAAAGAGUGGUAUUGGGAACCACCCCUUGUACACAUGCACACACACACACACACACACAAUCUCUAGGAAUGGAAAUGAGAUUGUAGGACCCAGCUCUGUGCGGCUGUACAUGUAUGGGUCUGUAUUUUGUAGAUUGUUUUUUUGAAUUAAAAUACUAAUAAUUAAUAACUGUCA